UGCCCAAAAUUGGUAAGAAAACACUAAAAUUAUAAUAAUUUGUGCCAGUCUAAUCAGCUGGCCGUCCGGUGCCAAUAGAGGGCGUAACACUACCGCUCCAUGUUUCGCGUCCGCGUAAAUGUGAAUGAAAUGUCACAGAAAAAAACUAGAUUUAGGAGUAAUAUUUGAAUUUUAUUUUCACAAUGGAUGGUCAACCGAAAACACCCGAUGACCCCGAGCUCAAGAACAUCAUCGACAAACUGGCCAACUUUGUGGCUCGGAAUGGGCCGGAGUUUGAAAAGAUGACAAAACACAAGCAGAUGAACAACCCCAAAUUCAACUUCCUGUAUGGCGGAGAAUACUUCAACUACUACCAGUGUAAAGUUGCCACUGAACAACAGAUCAUCCGACAACGAAAAGAGAAGGUGGCACAGCAACAAGCGAUCAUUCAGGAAGUCAUCACCCAGAAAGCCAUCCAGACUGCACCCUGGCAGCAGCAAGCACAGCAGCAACAGCAGCAUCUGCCAAUGCCGCCGCAGCUUCCAGGGCCGCAGAUGCAGCAACCCCCGCCACAGAUGGCCCCACCACCCUGGCAGCAGCCCCAGCCGCAACCCCAGCCCCAAGCCCUACCACCCUUGCCCCACCCUCCCCAGCAGCUGCCCGGGCCGCACCACCCAUCCUUGCAGCAGCAACAGCAACAACUGCAGAUGCAGCAGCAGCACUUGCAGCAGCAGAUUCAGGUCGAGAAAGAGAAGCAAGAACUGCUGCUGAAGGAACGGCAGGAGAAGGAGCGACUGGAACAAGAACAGCAGCUGAUCCAGAGGGAGCGAGAUCAGUUACAGGCACAGAUCAAGGAGAGCGAGGAGAACCUACAGAAACAGCACGAAGUUUACCUCCUUCAACAACAGGAACAAAUCGAGUUAGGGAUCGCCUCGGCGCAGGAUCAGCAGCUCCAGAAUUUAGCCAAGGAACUGGAAGUGGACAUCGGCGAGUUUGACAACCGACUACAGGUCAUCAUAGAAUCCUGUACAAAGGACGCCAUUUCGAACGGAAAGCUUUGGAUUUUUUCCACCUCCAAGUCCAACCGGCAUUGCUUACUGGUUACCCGGUAUCUCUUGCAUAAGAUUAUCCCCGAAGGAACUCCCUUCGAGGCCAAGCUCCAUCUUAUAUACCUCAUCAACGAUGUUACCCAUCACUGCAUGCGCAGAGGUGCGGAAGAACUUCAGUUGGCCUUGGGGCAAGUGGUGGGCCCCAUCUUCUGCUCGACAUACCUCCUUGCAGACGAGGGAAAAAAGCAAAAAUUGGAAAAGGUUCUGAAACUGUGGGAGACAAACAAGUACUUUGACGAAAGCGUCAUGACGGCACUGAAAAGUCCCAAGAGCUCCAUGUCUGCAUUCCUUGCCGGCCAACUGGAAGAGUUCUCCGAGGUGGUGUCCCACGUCCGUGAGAGCAUCGCUGAGCAGUUGUCUCGUCUGCAGAAGCAACACGAUGAGUUUGUGGAGCAUGUCGAAGGCAUGAUUCAGACGCUGGACGCCCGUCUAGAGAAGUUGGCCAGCGAGGAGCAGAAGGAACUGGAAGCUAGACAGGAAUCUGAUGAGCAGAGACCAGAAGACAAUGAUGUCCCAACAUCCAUGCCGCCAACCAACAUACCUAUCAUGGGAGCAGGUGGAGUGCCAGGCAUGAUGCCUGGAGCCCCAGGCAACCUACCCUCAGGUCCCGGUUUGCCCCCUGUCACUGGCAUGCCCCCAGUUCCCAUGGAUCCAAGUGCCAUGGCAACCAUGUUCCCGAACUUCGACCCCUCCGUGCCCCCGCCAGGAUUUGGCGGCAUGCCAAGAGUUCCUUUCCAACCAGGUAUGCCUCCCCCUAACUUCCCCCCUCCCCAGCCCGGUAUGCCCCCACCCCCAAUGCACAUGAUGCACCCCCCUAACCACCCCCGCGGGCCGAUGCCCCCCAUGCCAGACUUCUCCAAACCCCCUCCUGGUUUCGGCGACUUCCCCCAGGACUUUCCGCCUGAUUUCCAGCCCAACAUUCCCCCUCCUGACAUGGAGAUCAUGCCGCUAGAUCCCAACGACCCUUCCUUGAUGCCAACGGUGCCGUACUACGACCUCCCGGCAGGACUCAUGGCUCCGCUCGUCAAGCUGGAAGACACUGAAUACGAACCCCUGGAUGCAGAGGACAUCCGCUUACCCCCUCCACAGCCCCCCAGCAAGAGACUCCUAGCUGCUGUGGAGGCCUUCUAUGCUCCGCCGUCCAGAGAAGCACCAAGAAACAGCGAGGGCUGGGAGCAGAAUGGUCUAUUUGAGUUCUUCAAAGCCAAGCAGAAAUACUCCAAACUGAAGAAAGAAAGACUAGAGCGUGACGGUCUGCCCAGAAAAGUCCACGUCCCCUCACCCAUCCGUCGAGAAAGCUCCUCGUCUAGAUCACCAUCCCCGCAGAAGGAAGAAGAGAUGCAGAAAUCCAGAAGAAGAUACAGGUCAAGAUCCAGAUCACGUUCCCGUUCCAAGUCCCCGGUUCGUCGCCGGCGUUCCCUCUCACGGUCCCGUUCACGGUCCAUGUCCCCUUACAGAAGGCGGAGUGACUCUAGAUCUCCGCCCCCACGUAGGAGGAACAGGUCACCUGAUGGGUCACAUGACAGGUCACGUGACAGGUCGCGAUCUAGGUCACGCUCACGGACGCCGCCGCGGAGACGAAGAGACCGGUCUCGGAGUCCGUCACCAGACUUUGGAAUACAACCUUUUUACCAGACCAACACCAACACCAGGCUAGGCGAUGAAAACAAAGGAGCUUUGUUGAUGAAGAAAAUGGGUUGGGGAGGCCAGGGGCUAGGAGCCAGAGAGCAAGGCAUCGUGGAUCCAGUCUCGGGCGGUGAGGUCCGAGACAAGGUGGACAUGUACCGUGGCGUCGGCGUGGAGAUGAACGAUCCGUUUGAGAGCUUCCGCAAGAACAAGAGUAGCAGCUUCAUGACCAGGAUGAAAGCUAGAGCAGCAAAGUCGGCAAAAUAAACGGUUACCAACAGCAACGAAGUACUAGCAGUCAUCAGAACGAUUGAAGAAAUCCAGAACAGGGGACACUUUUGGAGGAAUUAUGAUUUACAUUUUCAUUCUCUUAUUCAGAUAUCUUUCCAACAAUGGCAAUUAUCGGCUGUUUUACAAUUAUGUACAUAAUAUGGUUAAUACAAAAAAACCAAGCUAAGUUGAUUAAAUCAAAGCAUAAGGACUCUGCGUUUAUAUGCCCUGUAGCCAUAGUGCACCCAUGGAGAGAAUUUUUGAAGUAAUUUUGUGAAGUCAAUUUUUUACAACGUCAUUACGAUACAACUGCUAUACCAGACGUCUGCACUAGCAAGUAGGAGGUCGUGGGUUCGAGUCGAGUGGUGAUUUUUAUUCUUCGCAUGGUCUUGGAAAACACUAACCGAGUGAUUUGCAUUACAUCAGUGUGUAGCAAAGUCAGUGAUGAACAAUAAAGAUAUUCCUACCUUUGUGUAAAAAUCAUCAAUUUUUGAAAUAAAAAUAACAGUUUUGACUGAUCUUACCCCAAA